AUGGAGGCGAAUAGUACAGAAAAUGCUGGCAAUAAUUCUGCAAGGGUUCUCAUGUUACCAAUGUUGGGGCAUGGUCACACAUCUCCAUUCUUGCAGCUAGCUAAGAAACUCACUGAGAGAGGAAUUCACAUUUAUCUUUGUUCUACACCUAUCAAUCUCAAUUCCAUCUCCAAGAAAAUCACAGAAUCUCUCAAGCCAGACUCGGUGACCUACGAUAAAGCAUUCGCUCGGUUUUCAGUAAGUCCUUUGUACACCUUGCCAUCCGUUUGGCUCCAUAAUGUUAGCGCUGCAUCUUUGUCAUACACAUUUCAUUUGACAUCCAACUCUGGCACCGAAUAUCCAUUUCCAGCCAUUUAUCUUCGAGAUUUCGAGUUACGCAGACUUCUUACUGCAGUUGGACGCAAUGCUUUGGACCCUUGUGAAGAUUCUCCCAUUCCUUUACCGGUUAACACUUGUAGAGCCAUGGAAGGGAAAUACUUGGAUCAUCAUGCUAGUUCGAUGAACCUGAAAGUUGUCCCUGUUGGUCCAUUAAUUCCCAGUAGUCUUAAUUCCACUGGUGAAUCAGGUGACGACGAUAUUGAGCUCAUGAAUUGGCUUGGGCAGAGAAGUGAACAUUCACCUGUUUUUGCUUCCUUUGGCACAAUGUAUUUCUCGUCAAAGGAAGAGAUAAAAGAGAUAGCUUUCGGUUUAGAGCUGAGCAAUGUAAAUUUCACCUGGGCUUUGGGAUCUCCAAAAGGUGAGGAACGUAGGCUCGACGAGAUCUUACCAGAGGGUUUUCUUGAAAGAGUGAAAGAUAAAGGGAGAGUUGUUCAAGGAUGGGUACCGCAGGCGAAGAUUUUCAGGCCAUUCGAGUAUUGGUGGCCUUUUGUCCCACUGUGGGUGUUGGUGGAAAAUGGUGUGGCUAUUGAAGUUGUGAGAGAUGAAAAUGGUAGACAUCAGAGGGAAGAGAUAGCAAAAGUGAUCAAGGAGGUUGUAUUUGGGGGUGCAGGCGAAACCAUGAGGCAGAAAAUUAAAGAUUCGAGGAAGAAGAUCAAAUCAGAAGAAAAAGAGAACCUGGAUGGACUCUUAACAUUGAUUAUCCAACUUUCCAAGAAAAAUUCAAGUCACGAUAUCAAUAUCGCAAGAGCAUAG